AUGAGCGUGAUAUUGUGUACUGCUGGGUACGACCACACCAUCAGAUUCUGGGAGGCUCUGAGUGGAAUCUGCUCGCGGACAAUUCCUCAUCCAGACUCGCAGGUCAACAGACUAUGCAUCUCACCCGAUAAGCGCUUUCUGGCUGCUGCAGGACAUCACACAGUCAAAUUAUACGACAUCAAGUCCACGAAUCCUGCAGCCGUUCUCACUUUUGAAGGUCAUACUGGUAAUAUCACCGGAGUCGCUUUUCACUGCGAGGGAAAAUGGAUGGUCACGAGCUCUGAAGAUGGAACUGUCAAAAUUUGGGAUACUCGCAGCGGCCAUAUCCAGCGAAAUUACUCGCAUGGCGUCCCUGUCAACGAUGUCGUGAUCCACCCCAACCAGGGCGAACUCAUCUCCUGCGAUCGAGGCGGCAAUGUUCGCAUCUGGGAUCUCGGCGAGAACAAAUGCAGCCAUCAACUCGUGCCUGAAGAAGACAAGAGCGUCGCCUCCGUCACAGUGGCCACAGACGGCUCACUCCUGUGUGCUGCGGUCAGCUCGAGCGUCAAUGGUGCAGUCUUCGUCUGGCGCCUCAUCACCGUCAGAGAUGUGACUAGUCUUGUGCCGGUGACCAAAUUCAGGGCGCAUGGAACUUACAUCACCCGAGUGCUGCUCUCACCCGACGUGCGAAAGCUUGCCACGUGCUCUGCAGACCACACUGCCAGGAUCUGGACUGUCGAUACCGAGAACGUCACAAUGCCUUCUGAUGAUAAGGACGAGGACGACAAGACACGGGAAGGACCUGGAACCGAAGAAGGAUCCUUCGCCCUCGAGAACGAACUUGAUGGCCAUCAGCGAUGGGUGUGGGAUUGCGCUUUCUCGGCCGACUCUGCAUACCUGGUCACUGCCUGUAGCGAUCACUACGCCAGGUUGUGGGAACUUGCAAGCAAGAACAUCAUCCGCCAGUACAAUGGCCACCAUCGAGGCGCUGUGUGUGUCGCCUUGAACGACUAUUCCGAGACCAGAUGA